AUGGAGUGGAGAAAAUACUAUUGGGAUGUGACGUUGGUGCCAUUAGGGUUAGUAAUGUUGGUAGCAUAUCAUGUUUGGUUAUGGCAUAAGUCAAAGACACAACCCUUCACCACAACCUUUGGAAGAGAAGCUGAUAGUCCCCGAUUUUGGGUUCUUGUCAUCAUCAAGGAUAUCGAGAAAAAGAGUAUCAUAGCAAUUCAAUCUCUUCGAAACCUAAUGAUGGCGUCAACCCUAAUGGCCACAACAUCCAUUGUCAUAUGUGCUGGCCUAGGAGCAAUCAUAAGCAGCACUUACAGUGUUAAAAGUGCAAUCAACAACGACAUAGUUUUUGGAACACAUGGAGAAUUAAUGGUGGGUCUGAAAUAUGCCGUUCUCCUUGCCAUGUUCUUGUUCUCAUUCCUAUGUCACACUUUCUCCAUAGGGUUUCUGAAUCAAGUGAAUAUCCUCAUGUUCACUCCACAAGAUGACAAGUCCCUGGUGACUUCACAAUAUUUAACUCAGCUUUUGGAGAAGGGCAUCUUGUUGAACACAGUGGGAAACAGGCUUUUCUAUUCUGCACUUCCUCUUAUACUUUGGAUCUUCGGACCUGUCAUUACCUUCUUCUCUUUAAUAGCCAUGGUAGUUGUAUUCUACAACCUAGAUUUUCUUCCAGGGAAUACCAACACCACCUUAGAAAAUAGAAAUUCCAUACCCUUUCCCGAGGCUUGA